UAUUGCUGCAUCGGCAAAGGAUGCCAAUCAAGUUGCUUAUGCUAUUGUGGAUUCUGAAAAUGAGAGUAAUUGGAGAUUUUUUCUUGAGGUUUUGGCUGAAGAGUUUGCAAAACACCCUAUGAGGAGGGUGACAUUCAUUUCUGAUCGUCAUGUUGGGCUUGUUAGUGCUUUCCCUAGAGUGUUUCCUAAUAAUCCACAUGGGUUUUGUUUUAGACACCUGAUGUCUAACCUUUCUGACAAAUUUCCAGCUGGAUCUUACCUCAAGGAUCGGAUUCCUUACUUGUUUAUGUGUUGUGCUUAUUCUCGCACACCGGAGAUGUAUGAGUUCAACAUGGAAAUCUUGAGGAGUGAAGGCGGUGACAUAGUUGCUCAAUUUCUGGAGGAUCUUCCCAAGGAGAACUGGUGUAUGGCUUACUUUAAUGGUGAAAGAUUUGGUGAAAUGACAAAUAACUUGGCUGAGUCUUUCAAUAAUUGGGUGUUGCCUUUGAAGAGUCUUCCUAUUCUUGAUAUUAAUGAUGGCAUUAGAGUGAAGUCCAUGGCUUCAAUUGCUGCUCGGAAGCAGGAUGCUCAUGAAUGGUUGUCUGAGUUGUGCCCAGUGAUUGAAAAGAAGCUGAAGGACAAUUUGGAAGUCGGAAGGCAUUGGAGAGUGAGCAGGUCUGAUACCUAUGUGUAUGAAGUUCACUGCCAGAAGUACAAUAGCAUGGUAAAUUUGGAAACUCGGUUUUGUUCGUGUGGAGAAUGGCAGCUGUAUGGCUUCCCAUGUUCCCAUGCACUUGUAGUGAUCCAACAACAUGGUUCUUCCCCGUAUUUGUAUGUCAAUGAGCUGUACAAGGUGGAUAAAUAUCGAGAAACUUAUUCUUUCCCAAUUAAUCCUCUUCCCUCUAUUUCGAAGCAAGUGCAUGAUUUUUGUAGAGAUGCGGUGAUCUUGCAGCCGCCUUUGACUAGAAGACCACCGGGAAGGCCUAGAAAGAAGAGGUUCAGAAAAAGGAGCGAGAAAACCAGGGUGAUCAAGUGUGGUAGGUGUGGAAAAUGUGAUGGUCACAACAGAAAGAGUUGUACAACUCCGAUAUAGGUUCAAUUCUGCCUACAUGCCUUUAACAGUGACAUGGCAAGUGACAUAGCAAGUGACUCCAAUACAGUUUGAAUUUUUGUUUUGAUUUUUCAUUUUUUUCAAUAAAUGAUAAGAAGUGCUUGUAAGGUGCUUACUCAUUGGAAUUUUUUUUUUUUGACUAUGAG